AAAUGAAUUUACAGGCCAUCAAGGAAGCAGCUUAAUAAAUGUAUAAAUUUUAUAUUAUCUUAGUAAGGAUAAGCUUACCAAAUCUCCUUUAGAAUAAACAUUGUCUGAGUCAACAUCAAAUGAGAAUUGGAAUACUCCUACUAAAUUACUUUAAGAAUUAGCUGAGGCUUCAUAUGGAUAGUAUGACUGUGUUUGUAGAAUAUUUUUAGUACAAGUUGUGACAUAAUAAUGAAAUUCAUAUGGAAGCGUCUUGAUUCGGAUAACAGAGAAUGGCGUCGGAUUUUGAAAGUAUAAUAGUUUUUAAAAAAAAUACUAGACUUUGAAUAUAAUUGAAUAUUUGAUAAAGAAUGGAGCACCACAUUGUGUUGGAGAAUUUAGAAAUAAUAUUAGCAAAAUCAGAAGUUUUUCUGAUUUCUUUUUGGUUGAUUAAGGUUCUGAUAAAGGACUAUCAAGUAUUGAAAAAAAAAUAUUAGUUCGUGAUAAGACAAAACAAUUAGUUGAUUUAUUAAGCAAUGAAAAUUUGAUUAUUGAAGAAAGAGAGAGCGCUAAAAAGAUACGAGAGCGUUUAGCAGGUAAUAAUUAAUUUAAAAUUUUAGCUGCUGGAGGUGUUGGAGCAAUAGGAAGUAAUACUUCUUAUUAAGGUUAUGGAAGUAGUUCAUAUGAAAGUAAUAAACCAAAAGUUUAUGGAUAAGAAUCCAAUUCAUCUUAAUAAACAAGCUAUUGUAACUAUUCAUUAUAUAUAUUUAGCUACAAAUUAUGGUGGUCUCGAAAGUGGAGGAGGUCUAGAUAAAUAUAAAGGUAUAACAAAUAAUAAUACAAAUAAUCAAACUAAUACUAAUAAUACUCAUACUAAUAAUCAAACUAAUACUAAUAUAACUUUAAAUGAAAUUUAAUGGACUACAACUUAACUAUAGACAGUUGCAGCUCCAUUUUCUGAACCUGUAAUGAAAUUAGCUAAGCCUGGAGAAAAGUGGGAUGUUCCAGAACCUAAAAUUUAAUAAUAAUAGUAACCACAAUAAACACAAUAACAAUAAUCAUAAUCAAAAAAUCUAUUAGAUAUUUUUGAUGUUCCUUAAUAAGUCCCAUUAAUAACAUAAUAAUAACCACUAAUUGCAUAACCUUUAUAACCAGCUCCAUCACAAUAAUAAAAUAAUUAAAAUGAAUGGGGAGCAUUCUAAACAGCUACUCCAAUCAAUAAUACUAUUCAAUAAUAAUAAACUUAAUAACAAGUAUAGCAUAAUUUAUUACCUAAUGAUAUUUUUACCCCCUCUGUUCCAUAAUCGCAAUCUUCUGCUAUUUUUGGAUAAUAAAUACUUCCUUAAUAGAACAAUUAGCAAUAAUAAUUUUAUUAAUAGUAACCAUAAUAAUUAUUAAAUCAAUAGCCUUAAGCAUAAUAAAAUUUACAAAGCUUAUAUUCAUUGUAAUAACAAUAAAAUAAUUUGUACUAAAAUUAUUAAAUAAAUAAUAAUUAUCAAUAACAGUAGUAAUAAUAAUAAUAAGCUGUAAGCUAUCCAAAAACUUAAGUUCAUGUUACAAACAAUAAUCAAUAAAAGCAACAAUAAGAUGAUUUUGCUUUUGAUGAAUUUGUAUCAGCCACUCAACCUAAAAUUAAUAAUACUAAUCAAACUGAUUUAUUAGGCAUGCUUGAUUUGAAAAAAGAGAAAUAAGAGUUAGAAUAGAAGAGAUAGAUUCCAAUAGCUUCAUAAUAGAAUAUGUAAGCUUAGUUGUAUGCAUCCUAAUCUGAAUUGGAUAGUUUCUAAUUUAACUAUUAAAAUAAAGUACCAAUUUAUGGACAAUGUAUUAUAAUAUUUUAUAAAUAAUAGAUUAAUACCAAUAAAGUAGAUGA